AUGGGCCUCUCCGACAAGCUGAAGCCCGCGGCGCGGGUAUCCGGCCAAAAGCAAGAUGUCUGGUCCAUCAUCAACGAAGCGGCGGCCGCCUCGCCCAAGCAGCCGAUCGUCAACAUGGGCCAGGGCUUCUUCGGGUACAACCCGCCGGGGUUUAUCCUGGACGCGGCCAAGGAGGCGCUGGGCCGCGUGGACUGCAACCAGUACUCGCCGACCCGUGGCCGGCCGCGGCUGAGGAAGGCGAUCGCGGAGUCGUACGCGCCGCACUGGGGGCGGGCGAUCGACCCGGAGACGGAGGUGACGAUCACGACGGGCGCCAACGAGGGCAUGCUGAGCGCGUUCAUGGCGUUCCUGGAGGACGGCGACGAGGUGAUUAUCUUUGAGCCCUUUUUCGACCAGUACAUUUCGAAUAUCCAGAUGCCGGGGGGCAAGAUUGUCUACGUGCCGCUGCAUCCGCCCGCCACGGGCGCGACGAAGACGUCCUCGGCGGCGGACUGGACGGUGGACUUUGACGAGCUGGAGCGCGCGAUCACGCCUAAGACCAAGAUGAUUGUCAUCAACACUCCUCACAACCCCGUGGGCAAGGUGUUCUCAAAGGACGAACUGCAAAAGAUUGCGGACCUGUGCGUCAAGAACGAAAUCAUCAUCUUGUCGGACGAGGUCUACGACAAGCUCUACUACGUGCCGUUUACGCGCAUCGCGACUCUCUCGCCCGAGGUCGAGCGGCUGACGCUGACUGUCGGCUCUGCGGGCAAGAACUUUUACGCCACUGGCUGGCGCGUCGGCUGGCUCAUCGGCCCCGAGCACCUGAUCAAGUACGUGGCCGCCGCGCACACGCGCAUCUGCUACUCGUCCGUGUCGCCGCUGCAGGAGGCGUGCGCGGUGGGCUUUGAGGAGGCGGAAGCGCGGGGCUUCUGGGCGUCCACGAUCGCGGAGAUGAAGGGCAAGAUGGACCGGUUCAACGAGGUGUGGGGGGAGCUCGGGCUGCCGUACUCGGAGCCCGAGGGCGGCUACUUCGUGCUGGUCAACAUGGCCAAGGUCAAGGUGCCGGCGGACUACCCGUUCCCGGCGCACGUGGCGAGCCGCCCGCGAGACUUCAAGCUCGCGUGGUUCUUGAUCCAGGAGGUGGGCGUGGCGGCGAUCCCGCCGACGGAGUUCUACACGGACGAGAACGCGCACCUGGCGGAGGACUACAUCCGGUUCGCGGUGUGCAAGGAGGACGCGGUGCUGGAGGAGGCGAAGAAUAGGCUGCGGGGGCUGAAGAAGUACAUGGAGUAG